ACAAUAUAUAAACUCUGUGAAAGAGGGCAGACAACAGCCACUUUCUCCUCCACCUUGACACAGAAGGCACCAGCAAUGAAGCUCCACACUGCAGCUAUCCUUGUCUUCCUCUGCCUUGGCAUCUUCACUGUGCACACAGCGAAAGGGAGUGCUGGAAGUCAGUCCAUGCGCAAAGCCCGUUGUGUAAAUCUGCGUACAAGAAAACUGAACAUCCAAAAUCUUGUAGGCUAUGAAAAGCACCAUAUACCAAUAAGUGCCAUCGUGUUUAUCACUAGAAAUGGUAUCAGUAUCUGCGUAAGCCCAGAUCAGAAAUGGGUGCAGGCUGCUAUGAAGAAAAUAGACCAAAGGUCAGCAUCGUCUAGGAAUGGUAUUUCCCAAUUUAGUCUUACCAGUGAAACACCCAAGACCAGGCACCACUCACCUACUCCACUUCCCACUACUCCUUUGGCAGGAUGGGGAAGAGAAUUGGAGACACAAAAGGUGACAAGCCAAAAGGAAAUCCAUGACUUAAAAGAAGCUUCCAGUGUUAAGGAAACUUCCCAGGCUGACAAUUCACAAGACUCUCAGGCAUAUGCACUCCCAGCACUGAAGACUUUAACUAAUGGGACUGAAGCCCCUUCACAGCAGCUCCAGUGAGCCAACUGGUGCCCCUUUUGAACUCUGCACACCCCAGCCACACUCAUUCAGAUCAGGUGUUUCCUUAACAUUUCAAUCCCAAAUUUCC